AGUAACUUUGUGUUUAAUCAUUUGGAUCCUUGGCUUUUGUCCUCCCUUUGCAGAUAGAGGGACACCACUAUUUGCGUCAGUACCAGGGCACACUGUUGUUUUUAAGUAUUGUAGAUGACAAUCCACUUUUAAGAUUGUGAAGAAGAUAAUGUAUUACACUGGCAUUUACCUGUAAAAGAAUCUGGAUUUUGUCUAUUAUGGAUGCAAAGAUCAUCAUGAAAAUCGCUGUUAAGUUCUCGCUCUGCUGGAAUGGAUUACACAUUGCGCCUUGAACGUACUUUCAACGUUCAGCUUCUGUAAGGUACAUCUUUGGAGAUCAUCAGACUCUGUUUUUUUCUUCUUUCUUUGGACUUUAACUAGUUGUUCAACAUGGCUCUCAUGAAGGUAAAGUUUGACCUGAAGAAACGGGUGAAGCUGGCCCAGAUGCUAUGGCUGAUGUACUGGUUUUCUGUUAUGGCCAGUGUUCUUGUCUUCAGCAUGGGACUUUUCUUUAAAAUCGAACUUCGCAAGAGAAGUGAACUUAUGGACAACAAUGAAAGUCAUUUUGUACCCAACAUUCUAAUCGGUGUGGGUCUUUUAGCUUGUUUUCUCAAUGCCUUUGGGGGCAAAAUCUGCUAUGACUCGCUCGACUCCACCAAGUUUGCGAAAUGGAAGUCCAUUUUGCACCCCUUUCUCAUUUGUUGUGUGUUCUUCAACUUCCUCCUCAUCCUCACGGCGGUUCUGUGCUUUGCCAUGCGCAUUCCUCUUGAGUUUACACUUGCCGAGGGCCUGAAAAAUGGAAUGAAGUUCUACAAGGACACCGACACACCCGGUCGCUGCUACAUGAAGAGAACUCUGGAUCUCAUGCAGAUAGAGUUCCGUUGCUGUGGCAACAACAACUACAAAGAUUGGUUCGAGAUCCAAUGGGUGAGCAACCGUUACCUGGACUUCAGCUCCAAGGAAGUCAAAGAUCGAAUCAGCAGCAAUGUGGAUGGAAAAUACCUAAUGGAUGGCGUUCCCUUCAGCUGUUGCAACCCUAGCUCGCCACGGCCCUGCAUCCAGCAACAAGUAACCAACAACUCGGCUCACUACAGCUAUGACCACUACACCGAAGAACUAAACAUCUGGAAACGUGGCUGCCGAGACGCUCUUGUAUCAUACUAUGGUGGAAUGAUGAACUCUAUUGGGAUACUUGUGUUGGCGGUCACCCUCUUGCAAACUGCUGUAAUGAUUGGACUUCAGUACAUAAACACCUCUCUGUCCACGCUGGUCAACCCAGAAGACCCUGAGAGUGAGAGCGAGGGCUGGAUCCUGGAGAAAACCGUCAAAGAGACCUUCACUGAUAUCAUGGCUAAGAUGAAGGCCAUGGGCAAAGGCAAUCAAGUGGACGAGGGGGCAAAUGAAGAGGCUGCUGCCGCUGCGAGCUGAGCUAACCCCGCCCACUAAACUUUGGCCACACCUACAGAGCUGAGGUAGAGAGCUGUGGGACACAGCCUAAAACUGUAACUAUAUCAUCCACACUACACAAAGUGUAGACUAAGCCAGUUAAUGAAGAACUGGUGAAGAAAAACGAAAAAUCCAAAUACAAUACAAUGUAAAUAUUGUCAGUUAUUUACAUUCCUAUAAAUAAGUUGGUAUACUAGAAACCAAUAUAAUGGUGAAAACACUUACUAGUAUACAAAUGAUUGGCUUGUAAAUAGGGGCUUUAAAUAUAAUAUAACAUAAUCAAAUUGUAAUUUUACCAGCUUCGCUUUCCCCUUUGACUUUGUACUUUGCUACACAAAAAUGUAAACGUUUUUAUAGUAAUUUUUAUAGUCAUAUUUUGUUUUAUUUAUGAGUUGAUAUUCAACCUAAGAAUGGCUAGUCACGGAUUUGGCAUAGUGUGAACGGUAAAAAUAUGUACCGUCAGUACUUUUAUUUAUUAGGAAUAAACAACACAAUUUGUCAUGGGACAGGUAUGGCAAAUGCAAAGAAAACACAUUUUUAGACAGGUGUCUUUUCCACAUACUUGACAGAUGGAUGGGGAGACAAGAAGUUAGUUUUGUUUUAUUUUAAACUAAUGCUUUAUAAUAAUAAAAAAGUACCAGGGUUGUGAUUUGAGAAAGGGGUAUAAAAAUCAGUUUAAAAUAUAUAUAUAUAUAUAUUUUUGUGACCUGUCUGAUGAUGCUUUGUGCACAUGUUCAGCAUCAGAUAACAUACCUGAUUUCAACAGCACUGAAAGGAGAGGCUGAUUUUGCAGGUUUAGGAGACCCCGAUGUGUGCUAUGGUACAGAGGAAUAACCAGGUCCAGGGUUAGGGGAUGCUUGAGAAGUCCCCUGGAGUUGAGGAGACAGCUUAAGACUGGCAGCUAAACCCUGACCUGUGACUUCUGCAUUCCCACUGCCUGGGAGCUCCUGUGCUUUUACAUCCGCACAAUCACUCCACCAAACGUCCCAGGCCAGAGACUCAAACUCUAUGCUCAAACCUGUAAUUUUUUGUAAUUAUUUUAUUUUAAUUCAAAUUAUGUGUCUAUGUAAAUAGUGUAGAAUUAUUACAAAUAAAUAUUUUCCUUUUGUAAAAAUACAAUUUAAUUCUAAGAAAAAGUUGACUACUCUAGGACAGUGUUUGGUGCGUAGUGAUUAUUAUUGUGAAUAAAACUUGUUUAAUUGUAAAGA